AUGAUUGCUAUUGUUACAUUACUACACGUGGACGUAGAAUAUCGAUGCACGUGGCCAAUACCUAACAGAAGUAAUUGGGUGGUAUCCGUCAAACUGCCACUCAUAAAAUUUCGUUUAGAGCUACAAACAGAACCGUUAGAUUUGUCAAUGUCAAGAAUGAAUGAGAAACGAAUUGGACCAUCAGGUUUAUCAACGCCAGAAGUGAGUGGGAGACAAGUAGAACUCAACGAAAUUGAUCAGAAUGACGUAAGCUCGUUGAAGCUACUAAUUGAAGAAUUAAGAACAAACAAGUAUAGGAGAAAAGUAGAAGAAAUUCUGGUGUGA